AUGGGCUCCAAGGGCAAGGAGAAGAAGGAGAAGAAGGAGAAGAAGGAGAAGAAGGAGAAGAACGGCCUCUCUGUGUCCAAAGAUGCCGGGGUAAAGGUAGAGAAGAAGGCGAGGAAGGAGAAGAAGAAGGAGAAGAAGGUCGCUGCGGUGCAGCAGGCGGCGGAGGCCCCUCCUGCAGACACAAAGGACAAGAAGCCGAAGAAGGAGAAGAAAGAGAAGAAGGAGAAGAAGAAGGACAAGUCCAAGGUGGAAGCCGACGUCGCAGCCGAGGCUCCGCAGACCGACGCGAGCGUGCCGUCCGGCGACGACUCCGCCAAGAAGCCCAAGUCCGAGAAGCGCCCGACGAGUGCAGGCCGCUUCCAAAGGGUUGACCCGAGCGCGUGGUUGGACAAGAAGGGGGCGUGGGACAACUCGUAUGAAGGGAACUUCGGGAACGACGGGUUCGGCGCGAAGGCGCAGGCGAAGCUCGGCGUGACGCGCGGCAAGGGGUUCACGCGGGAGAAGAACAAGCACAAGCGGAAGAACUACAUGUGCGGGACGAUCGACGUGGGGUCGAACUCGUUCAAGUUCGAGUCGGACGACGAGUAA